UCUUGUCAAAGGUGUCAACAUGGCGGCGGUGGACGUCGUCGUGGGCAACUUGGUGACUCUUUGGAGGAUACCAGCCGUCCGACAGAAAUUCCCUUGGAUGUUUUUGCUCAUUUCGGUCGUGGGUUCCAUGCUCAAAGAGUUCCAGGUCAUCCCGCAGACGUAUUUCAGCAGCAGCAGAAAUGUCCUGAAUGUGUAUUUUGUCAAAGUGUCCUGGGGUUGGACACUGCUGCUCCUGACUCCCUUCCUCCUCCUGUCCAACACCGCAUUCAGCAGAAACGUGCUCUUCCUCGUCCGAAGGCUCCUCUCUCUGGCAGUGGCGACGGCUUUGUGGUACGUUUGCACCGAAACGUUCUUCUACAUCGAGGACGUGACCGGCUCGUGUUUUAAAGCGGACUCCAUGGACAACGUCAGUCUAGAGUACACCUCCAAAGCCGCCUGCAGGCGCGCUGGCUUGCACUGGCAUGGCUACGACAUCUCUGGACACUCUUUCAUCCUGACUUAUUCUGCGCUGUUCAUUGUGGAGGAAACCGCACCCAUGGCCUCUCUGAGGACCGAGAGUUUGUCAGUGCUCCCAAGGAUGGUUCUAAACUUUCUCUAUGUGGCACUAAACCUUAUCGUAAUUAUAUGGCUGUGGAUGUUUAUCUGCACCGCUGUUUACUUUCACGACCUAUCUCACAAGGUGCUCGGUACUGUAACUGGACUGCUGGCGUGGUAUCUGACAUAUCGGCUUUGGUAUCUUCACCCUUUAUCUCCAGGACUCCCCCCUCAACGCCACAUGAAAGAAAAGAAACAAAACACUUAGGCAGCUUUCUUAUUGUCUACGUUUAAAGGGGAACUGCACUUUUUUGGAAUGUUACCUAUUGUUCACAAUCAUUAUGAAAGACAUGACAGCGGAUAUAUAUUUUUUUAAAUAAAAGUCUGCUUACAGCGCAGCCAAUAGAAGGUCAUCUUGUUCGCCCAUCAAAAAAAUUAAAAAAAACAUCCAAAAAGCGCCACAAAUACUCCAUUUACAUUUUGUGACGUCAAUAUUAACCAAGUAUUAGUGAUAUUGUUAUUAUAAGCGCUAACGCAGACAAACUAUUUAUAGCUGCGCCAUAAUCACGAGCUUGUGUGCCAAUAUUGACAUGAUCGACUGAUCAGCUGCUUUCUCGUUUCCUUGCUCGUCAAACCAUUGUAGAUCAUAAAUAAUGCCUUUCACCUGAAUAGUAGAAGGACAAAGAUGUAUUCUGACAAGUUGAUACACUUUGACAGCCAAUUUAGACCCGGAAAUGGCGAGAACGACAUGAAAAGACGCUUGGUUCCACCCUUUUUUUCUUAGCGAGGAUUAAGAGUCAUUCUUUAUCUAAAUGGGAAUAUAUGAACGUCCUAUCAGUCGGCAUCCUAAUAACAGCAUACAUUGUACAGUAAGUGAUAUAUUAUUAUUUUUGUUAGCUCUCAUGAAGUCUGCAGUGAGUAAUAAUCAUACAACAUUCCAUUAAUACUUACAUCAUGCAUAUAACAUGUUUUUAAGGGCUUUCUAGGCAGAAUAGAGCGACUUCCAUAGGCGUAAGCAGACUUUCAAUCGCAUUUAUGUAAUAUUUAGAAUGCAUAAAAAUAAAAAUAAACAUCCAUCAUGUCUUUCAUAACGAUUGUGAACGAUAAGCAAAAUUCCAAAAAAGUGCAGUUCCCCUUUAAAAUGGAUGCACUGUUUUAAGUUAGUACUUUGUAGUGGGGAGAAUCAUUGUGCACAUUUUUUUCGCUGCUAUUUCCAAAACUACUAAUUUGGUAGCAGGGGUUUACAGUCCAUUUGGACAUCAGUGACAAGUGUUGUUUCCAGACCAACGUACACUACUUUCUCCGUUUUUUUUAAGACAAGAUCCCUUUUAGAUGGAUUUCAAACAGCAUCACUUUUGAUUUUAAACCAAUAUGACACUAUUUAUUUUAGGGCUGCAACUAACAACUAAUUUGAUCAUCGAUUAAUCUGUCGAUUAUUACUUCGGUUAAUCGAUUAAUAAUCGGAUAAACAAGACAAACUGCAUUUCUAUCCUUUCCAGUAUUUUAUUGGAAAAAAAACCAGCAUACUGGCACCAUACUUAUUUUGAUUAUUGUUUCUCAGCUGUUUGUAAAUGUUGCAGUUUAUAAAUAAAGGUUUAUAAAGAAUUUGUUUUAAAAAGUAUCCUCUGCGCAUGCGCAUAGCAUAGAUCCAACGAAUCUGUGACUAAAUUAAUCGCCAACUAUUUUUAUAAUCGAUUAAAUCGAUUAGUUGUUGCAGCCCUUAUUUAUUUGUUUAUGCAAUGCAUUGAAAGGUUGAUCAAACUGCUUGUUAGCUGCCUUGCAUGUGCCAAUAACAUGGAAUAAAAUGUUUCCACUCAA